AAUUUUAGUAAAAUUACAAUUUUUUCUGUAACAAUUUAAUUUUUACUUCAUUGUGGAUAAACCUUAUGCAGCUGAAACAACUUAAGCGGCCUUUCAAAUGUCCUCCCUAUGAAUCGUGGUCUAAUAUAUCAUCACGUCAACGGUAGGGCCGUCAAACGAAACAUGGCGUCCGUUAGGUUAUUGCUAUGAGUGCUGCUGCGUUUUCUAUCAUUAAAUGUGGAAUCAUCGUGCGUUUUGCGGGCUGACGCGAAGCGUCGUGUCCUCCGGGAGGCGAACACGUCGCUAUCAACCCUGCACGUCCCGCGUACAUUGCUCUUAAUCCCAAUUCAAUGAGGAGAUUCGGUUUCGUCAACAGUGGCUUGUGGGUAUACACACCCCGACGCGAGACUCCACAGUGGUUUUCGGCAUAUCGAGCUUUUUUCUACUCUUCUAAAAUUUCAUUCCGUAGUGAUUCUAGUAGGAUUAUGAUACUCGACGAAAAAUCACGAAAUCCUCACGCGUUGGUGCCGGACUCGCGAAUCAAAAUGCCGGUCACUGUUAAAGUGUUUUUAUGCACGGGGUGUUAGUGGUGGUGAUCACCUUCUCUCACCCCACAUUUUUUACGCGAAACGUGUGCGUACAUUUAAAACGCCUUCGGAAUGUCACGUAACUAUUUUACGUUUGCGUGUUAAUAAUGAUUUCGAGAGACAUGUGUAUAAAAUAAUGUGAAAUGUACAAGGAUUUGUGUUCAGUGUUAGAAAAUUAUGGAAGGUGGACAUAAAACUCCCUGAUUCUUAUAUCUGUAUGUUUUGUUACUUUCUUUUGAGAUAAACAAAUAACACAGCUAGAACAUUCUAUGUUACUAUUCACCAUUCGAUUGACACGAUAUUCCACAAAAGCUACCAGACGAACAAGGUGUAAUUUCCAGAGAGGAAAAGAAUAUAGAGAGUGUCAGGCCAUAUGCCGCCAGCCGGGUUAUCGGCAAGAGGCUUGUCUACCUUGAUGGACCACGGACAACCAGAUGCUCGUCAUCGGAGCGAGCGCUUUUUACUUCAUCCAGAGAAUGGCUCCUCUAAUUCUCAUAGUUCUAACACAGCCAACUCAUCUCCACGAUAUCAACAUAAUAAUAGAACAAAUAAUCAUUCCACAAGUUACGGAUAUUUGUAUGGGCGUACAUCUAGCAACAAUAUGUCUGAUAGCAGUGUUUCCGAUACACACAGUGGUGGCACAGCAAGAACUGUUUCUCAACAAACUAGUCCUUCCCAUGGUACACAUUCCUCUUCUCAAUCAAGGCAGGACAAUAGUUCAACAAUUUUCACUGCAUUAUUCGAUUAUGUUGCCCAAGGCGAGGAUGAAUUGUCUUUGCAAAGGGGAGAAACAGUUGAGGUUCUGUCUAAAGAUUCAAAAAUCUCAGGUGAUGAAGGAUGGUGGACUGGAAAAAUCCAUGGUAAAGUUGGAAUUUUUCCAGCAAAUUUUGUUGCAGAAGCAGAGAGUAUCGAUAGAGUAUCGUCGGUGAUCGAUAAGGUUCAACCAGUUGAAAUUGAUUUUGAGGAAUUACAAUUAGAAGAAGUUAUAGGGGUUGGUGGAUUUGGAAAAGUUUAUAGAGGAUUCUGGCAAAAACAUGAAGUGGCUGUUAAAGCAGCCCGCCAGGAUCCAGAUGAAGAUCCAAGUGUUACGUUAGAAAAUGUUCAACAAGAAGCAAAAUUAUUUUGGUUAUUGAAACAUGAAAACAUUGUGCAGUUGGAAGGAGUUUGUUUAAAAAUGCCAAAUAUGUGUCUCGUAAUGGAGUAUGCACGUGGGGGUAGUUUGAACAGGGUUCUUAGUGGUAGAAAAAUCAGGCCUGAUGUACUUGUUGAUUGGGCAAUACAAAUUGCCCGUGGCAUGGACUACCUUCAUAAUAAAGCUCCUAUAAGUCUUAUUCAUAGGGACCUAAAAAGCUCUAAUGUGCUGUUAAGUGAGCCUAUAGAAAAUGACGAUCUGCAGUAUAAAACAUUGAAAAUUACUGAUUUUGGAUUGGCAAGGGAAGUUUAUAAGACAACACGCAUGUCAGCAGCAGGCACAUAUGCUUGGAUGGCACCAGAGGUUAUUAAAAAGAGUACUUUCAGUAAAGCCAGUGAUGUUUGGAGCUAUGGUGUUCUUUUAUGGGAACUUUUAACUGGUGAAACACCCUAUAAAGGAAUAGAUGCAUUGGCAGUAGCAUACGGAGUUGCAGUAAAUAAACUUACAUUGCCUAUUCCAUCAACUUGCCCUCAGCCUUGGAGGUUUUUAAUGGAAGCUUGUUGGGCAUCAGACAGUCAUUCGAGACCAGGAUUUGCUGAAAUUCUUGAAGCACUAGAUGAAGUACGUAGUGCAUUUGCAGCAACGCCACACGAGUCCUUUCACACAAUGCAAGAAGACUGGAGACUUGAAAUUGAACAAGUUCUUCAUGGAUUGCGCAUGAAGGAAAAGGAAUGCCGUUCCUUAGAAGAGGAAUUGCGCUGUAGGGAGGAAGAAUUAACUAAAGCACAAGUACAACAACGACAACACGAAGAAAAUUUAAGACAGCGAGAACAAGAAUUGGCUGCUCGAGAGAUAGACUUAUUGGAACGUGAACUCACUGUAAUGAUAAUUCAACAACAAAAUACUCCUACACCAAACAAAAGACGUGGAAAAUUCAAGAAAUCGAGAUUAAAAUUAAAUAAAAAAGAGCCUGGUAGUAACAUUAGCGCUCCUUCUGAUUUCCGUCACACGAUAACUGUUCAACAUACAGCUCUAGAUAGAGGAAAAGUGCGGAAUCCGUCGAGACCUAACAGUCCACCAGGUUCUCCUAGUAUUCCAAGACUUCGGGCAAUCGCAUUACCAGCAGACGGAGUAAAGGGUAAGACUUGGGGACCAUCGACACUCCACCAACGGGAGCGUGGGGCUAUUAUCACACAGCCACCAAAUCCUUCAUCACCAGGUGGCAAGCGGUGGUCUCGUUCUGCUCCAGAUCUCGAAAAGACACCCCUGCGUACAGCCCUGUUGGCAAGCGCGCAUCGCUCCCCGCUUCUUCAAGAAAUAGGCCUUUCUGAGGAAAGCAUCUAUCCUACUCAUUAUACAGCUGUAGCACCUGAUCUCUCAUCUGACUGGGUAACAUCGGACUAUCCUUUGAAACCUGGAUUAACUGGACCUUACAUCAUGCCAAUGCCUGUUCCAAUGCCAACGCUCUAUAAUGGAGAAAUGAAAAAACCAAAGUUAAGCAUAAUAGAAUUGGUAUUGUACAAUAUCGCUGCUAUGCUAGCUGGAGUAGCUACUGGCUAUGAUGUAAGAAUGUCGAACAUAUCUCCGAUUCAUCCAAGAUUGUAUCCUCGAGUUGGCGAUACCGAAGAUGAACCUUCAAGAUGGUGGUUUCAAGCAGAUACCGGAUCAAAUCGCAAUUCUGGUUAUCUUGGGCCUGAUUAUGAGUUUAGUUCAAGUAGUGGUUAUCCCCAUAAUACGUAUCAUGGACCAGCUAGACAUUACAGGCCAUUCUUAAGUAACAUGGGUGGUAUAGCACCUGGUCUUUUACCCAGUGUGAUGCCUGACAAACCUUUAAGAUUUACGGAUUCGCCCCAACACUAUGCGAGUAGUACAACAGGUUCUAACGCACCAACACCAAGUCCUAGAAGAAAGAGCAGUAGCACUAGUAAUGAAGACGUAUUCACGCAUGAUACAGGAAGAGUAGAUCGAAUGGAAAGAGUACCAACUAUAUAUAUGGGUAAUGUUGCUCCGUUUCCGGAUUACGGACCUCCAGUUUAUACAGUUGUUCCACCAGAAUAUUAUAGACCACCAGAACCAACGUAUUUUGUACCUUCAGAUUAUCAUGAUAGAAUGCUUGAGUGCCCUGAAUUUCCACACGCUUAUGACAAUCCGAGCAGUAUAAAUAGUCCGGCUCGGCCUGUAUCAAGACUUCCUCCGUAUACCCAUCAUCGUACUUCAUCAAACGUUUCAAACGCAAGCACAUCAAGUCAAAGUAACGUUAAUCCAACGUUUCGUUUAGAAGAUGAGGAUGAUUACUCUUUGUACUCACCUGGACAUUAUUACCAACGACCUUCGAAUGUCAUUUCAAACGUAGGAACGUACAGUCCUAGUAUGCUUAAUCACGAAUAUGGAUCACAAAUACUGACACGUCAGAACUCGCACGAUUCGAAUUCAAACUCGGGUGAACGUCCAAGCAAUUUAGAGGUUGUUAGCCGGUUACGAUCGAGUUUAAAACGAUCUAAUUAUUCAUACAACUCUCCAAAUAAAAGUGUUAGUAAAAAUAAUUCGGGUUCAGGUACACCGACAAAUCCUACUCCCCCAGAUUCGUUAACAUCCGAAGAUUCGAGUUACGUUUCAGCUAAGGAUAGUCAAAUUUCUAUAAGUAGGGUUCGAUUUUCUCCAGUGACCUUCGAUCGGGAUGGAAUUUCGCGAGAGCACAGGGAAACUUUACUCGAUAUUCCAGUCCAUGGACAAAGUCAGGACGUUACUGUACCUUUACAAGCUAACCGACGGUUGAACAGAAGUAGGAAACCGAGUAUUUCUGAAUUAGAGAGAGAAUUUUUGUCAUAGCAUUGGCUUAUUUAAAGUAACAAAGACGAUAUAGAUAUUAAUAAUCCGAAAUGUUUGUCAAUCUUGAAAGUAACAUUUAAUUAGAAUUAUGUAAAUCAAAGAGUAUCUGACGUGGCAGAAAUUGAUCAAAUCUCUAUGACUAGAGAAUAUUGCGAUACACAUUUUGAAAGCACUGCCUCCUGCAGGACAUUUUUUCAUGUAUCAAUGCAGGUCAUCGAAUACAGUAAGAAUAUAACAUUCCAUAUGUAUAAAUACUGAGACAUCUUUGUGAAAGACUCUUAUAUUCGAUCAGACUGUUUUUAAUUUGUUAAAAAACUGGUAUGUCUCAUGUUUCGUAGAAGUAGUGUAAAUGUCGGGAUUGUAUAAUCUUGCAUUGUUUUCAAUACUAUGUACUGUUAUUUAAAUUGUAUGUAUUACAAAUAUUUUAUUCAUACAUUCCGCACAUCUUGCAUCUACUGUUGGCACUGAGCAUCUAAGUACCGAAGACAUAAUAUAGUAGCUUUGUAUACUCAUAGACAACUGCUUUAGAUUUUAUCGAUUUUGCCCCUUAGAUUAUAUUAUUUUCUAUUUUCUCAAUAGUUGUAACAAAAACCAUAGCUAAAAAUUGAUUUUCUUUAGGAGAGAAUUCUUAUUUAUAUGGAACAUUAAUUAUUUAAGACUUGUAUCCAUGUUACUUUUAGUUUUAGAUUUCUGAAUUUGGAAAACAUUUUAAAAUAGUAUUUUUUGAUAUCCAUUCAGUUCGCAAAGGUGAUUGUUAAUACUCUUAUUAUUGGAUUAGACUACGAUCGUUGUUGGCAGUGCAAGUGAGAGUACCAGUAAAUAAAUAUUCUUCUGUAAUUUUGUGAUGUAUAUAAAUUUUAUAAUGAGUGCAAAUAUUUAGAAUAGAAUUACAAAAAAAUUAAAAAGUUUCUUCUGGAAUUCUGCUCGCAAGCUUUUAAACAGAGGAUGCAAGAUAGUGCUUAUGGUGUGCCGGAAGGCCACGUGGUAACACUAGUCAGAUUGGCUUUGUAUUGGGUUUUGUGAAAGAUAUUUUUUUCAAUUGAUUCCUGUUUUUUAACUGGACUAGCUUGUUUCUCUUGGCAAUUAUGCUUUACUUAAGAUUUAUUCUUUGAAUUUUUUCUUAGUGUGAUCUUGAAAGACCUUUAGAUAAUUGACUUGAUAUUUUAUAACAGCGAUAACAUUACGUAUUGAGUUAUCUAUAGAACAAAAUCUCCUUUGAUUGGUUACUAAAGCUGUUCAGUAGUUUCUGUUAAAAUAACAACAAAUAUGAUGACAGUAAAAAAAUUUCCCCAUCAAAUAGUUUUAUUGAAAUGGAACUUAUAAAAUUGUGUAAAAAAUUCCAAAUUUAUGUUUACAUUAAAAAUUUACAUUAUAUUUAAGACUUUAUAAGACCUCAUUAUUCUAUUGAAUAAAAAUAAAAUUAAAGGUUUUAUAUCAUUUUGAUACAGAGAUCUUUUUUCUGACUUAUCAGUAAUUCAUUACAUUUCGUCUUCAAAUUUUCAGAAUUUAUGAUGGUAAUUGCUUCUAUUAUUUUAUUAUUUGUAUGUACAUUUAAUCCAGCUAAAACAGAUUAACUAUGUUAAUUAAAAUGUUUUGGCAGAGAACACACAUAUAAAACAUUAUUAUGUUAUAUAAUAUGUUUCGUUAUAUUAUACAUAUUCAUUUGGAAAUGAUAUGUAUAAAUUAAUUUCUGCGAACUCUCUCUAAGAAUUAAAUUAUGUGACUAUAGACCUGGGUUAGACGAUUUAUAUGUUUCUUGUGUACUCAUGCAAGUGCAUUAAGGGUCAGUUGUAUCCAUUUUAAGUACUCGCAUACAUAUACAAAAGAAAAUAUCUAUUAAAUAUAUUUAUCUUAAUAAUAGUUUACAUUCCAUCAAAAUUUAUAUUUACUAAAAAUAAAAUAUUAAAUCUAAUUAUUGUAUAGUGUGAAAAAAAUAGUAACUUAUAAACACAAGUAGACAGGAAAACACUAAUGAUCCCUAUAGAUAAGAAAUUAUUAUUAAAACACGCGAAUCUAAACAUAAAAUUGCUAAAAAAUAAAUUAACUGUUAUUACGAUUGAAAACAACGAUCCACGCGUAUAAGAAUAAAUACGUAGUCGCAAUAAAUGCGCUAUCUAACAAAAGAAUUCAGAAAGCGCUUCAUUAGAGUAUGCUCAGUGAGAUUUCUGUCAUCUAUUUUAUUAUGCUUUUAAACAUGUAAAAUCAUAUAAUUUCUUUUAUCAUUAUCUCAUGACAAUACAUGUAAGUGUAUUAAAUAGACUAGUUUUACACUGCGAGUAAUAGGUAACACAAAUCUAAUAUCAUAGUGUUUUCCUGUGUACACAGAUUUUUUUAUAUAAAUAUGAAAUAUUUGUAAUGCAUAAGUAUGAUAAUAGACAUGCAUCUUUUUGUUUGCCAUUACACUGUGUCAGGUGUUACAUAUUAUUUUACUAUCUUUCAAUCAUUACACAAAUACCAUGGCACUAGGUACACAUGUGAGAAAUUUGUACAGUGGGAUUUUUUAUGCAUUUGUGAGCUACUAGCAUAAUAGACUUAAUUUAGUAUGCCAUGUGCAGUUAAAACGACACUUCUUUUAUAUACGAAAACAGUAUGCAUUCAAGUGAUUCGCGUACCUGUAGAAAAGUGUUUAACAUACUUAAUAAUAGCUAUAAAAAGUAUAUAGCCAUUUAAGGUGUGAUAUACUUUGAAAAUUGUUUUAGAACAAAAACACUCCAUAUACAUAAUCAACAUUGUACAUAUAAAAAUCUAUUAGAUAGUUACUAUUUGUUUAACAAUGUAACAAUGGUCGAUACAUUCCUUUAUAUAAAUCACACUUUGUACAGUAUAAUCUAAAAUAUUUUUUGGAUUUUUAAGUGCACGAGUGCCUCAAAAAUUAUUUUAUUCUUGAAUUGUUUAUAAGAAAUCAGAAUACUGAGUAUUAAAAGAAAUAUACUUCUUUCCUUCUUACACUGAUUAUAUAAAAAAAGAAAAGAAAUGCAUUUGUAACGCUCUGUAUUCUGAUCUAUACCUUUAUUUCUCUUUACUAAAAAGAUAUUAACUAAACUCGGUUUUUUAUACAAAUAUGUAUCUAAUUUAUUGGUUCAAGAACAUAAAGUAACAAUUAAAUAAUUUAGAUUAAACUUACAAAUCAAUCAAAACUUAUUUACAUGUUGCGUAUAUUCUACGCCAUGCUCCAUCUAAUCAAAAUAAUUCAUUUAUUUCUUUGACCUCAUUUAGAAUGUUAUAUAUAAAAAACGAUACAGAUUUUUUUCUCAAGAAUUCUAUGUUUUUGCAAUAAUUUCUUGAAUGAUAAUCAGUAUUGUAGGAUAUGUUACAAUGUACAUAAAAUACAGUAGAGGUAAAGGAAAAAGAAAGGGUUUACUUUGAAGAAAAUUUUUUUGGUGGAGUUUAAUAUAUAAUAAACUUAUAAAACAUAGCUUUUGAAAGUGUAGUGAAUCAUUUUCAUUAAUAAAAUUACUUUUAUUUAUCAAAAGAUUUGUUAAACGUUUCACCAAUAAAAUUUUUUUCAAAGUAAAAUUAAUAAAGCAUUAAAGAUGUAUGUAAGUGUUUCUUAAGCAGGAAAAGUGAACCCAUUAAAUUGGUAUAUUUAUAGUUUGUUACUUAUAAAGUAAAAUAACUCAUCUGGUUUAUACUCAAACUUUUGCAAACUUCAAUUACUAAUGAAAUAUUUAUGAUGUUAUUAGAAACUUAUAGAAUAAUAUUUCAUGGGUAUGCCUUUCUAUGCUGUACAAAGAUAUUCUACGGUGCUAGUAUCAUGUACUUAAUAUAUUAAGAGACACAAAAAAAUUGAGAAUGCUUCCAAUGUAAUUGAAAAAUAUUUAAUGAAAUCUUAGUAUGCUAAUAUCAGUAAUUGUUGAUAGUAACAAUAAUUUACUUAUACAAAAUACAAUAUUAGGCAGCUAUCAACUAUCAAUUGUGUAAUGGCAUAUGAUUGCCAACAGUGCUAGUCUCUAAGUUAUAUUUAUUUUUUAUAUAUUAUAACUUCUUUAGCUUAAAGUAAGAAAACAUCCAGUUUUGUAUUUCAUUAAAGAACAUUCAUAGAUCAUAUGUUUCAUUAAUUAGAUUCAGUUUUGAGAGGACAAUGUUCAGAAUAACUGUAAUUACUAUGAAAGUAAUCUUUCAUAUGUAAUAUUAGCAAUAGAUCCAUUUCAAAAACUAUAUAUUAAAAGACU